AUGAAAACCACUCAUAGUAUGUAAUAUAUUUAAAAAAAUCAAACACAUGUUUACAUUUUUAUUAUACAGUUUUAAAUUGAUUUUUAAUUCAUUAGAACUAUUGGAAAUUUCUGCUCCAUCGAUUGAUGACGAAAUUUGUUUAACCGCAUUGGAAGAUUUUGAAAAUAAAAACUUGGCGGAUACUACAUCAGGUUAGUUUAUAUUUUAUCACUCGUUGGUAAAUAAUUUUGAUAACAAAGAUUUUAUUAUAAACGUAACAUAUUAUUUAUCAAUCAAGUCAUAUAUAUUAAAACUUAUCAUACGGUCUGUGAAACAAUCAAUGGUGCAAUAGUUGGAGUAUUCCGGCAUUACACCGGUUGUCAGGCUGUUUGAUGGAUUUUUUUAAUAGUUUUUGAUUUAUUUUAUUAGAUUUUUUUUUUUUUAUUUAAAGAUACAUAUACAUCUACAACCUACGGAAAACGUGUUUCAUCCGCCAACACAGAGUCGACUGUUAGGGCUAAGAAGGUGCGUAUGAAUUUUGUGCAGUCUCCAGGGUUUAUAGAAAUCUCUUCCUCGACAAACCGAAAAAUUGUAUAGCGUUAUACUAAAAAUAUUAACAAUCACUAAAACUUCCCUGACUUUCUCCAAUCGGUUAAACCAGCUCUAAUUAAUUUAUUGAAAACACGCGUUCAGCUUAGUCCAAUAAAACUUAAUUUGAAGCUUGAGGUGACUUAAAUUCAUUCACUCGUCGGAGAAUAGGGCCUUUAAGACAGCAGCGGUUGAAAUUUUUAUAGAGUCAGAUAUUGCAGAGAUUAUAGAGAGAACAUACACGAAGUUAUUGGGUGAAGAAGAAACUUAUAAGAGUAGAGGAAGCGGGUUUACGCUCGAGUCUAUAGAUGGUUUAUUGUUAGUGGUGUAUAAGUAUACACCCUUAUCAUCCUCCUCGUAUAUCCAAUUACCCGCAUACCUUGAAAACAAACGAGCCACAAUAAGCCCUAAAAACACUGAUCAGCAGUGUUUCAAGUGGGCUGUAUUAGCGAAACACGUGAUGGGACACUCGGUUCAUCGUUUAGGGGAAAAUUAUUUUAAACACGAGGAUAAAUAUAAUUUUGAUGGUAUUUCAUUCCCUCACCACUCGCAAAUAUUUCAAAAUUUGAAAAAAAUAACCCGUACGUUUCCGUAAAUAUGUACGGUUUAGAAAAAAAAUUUCAGCCGCCUCGUAAAUAUCCGUCUUAUGAAGUGUUCCCGCUACGUAUUUUAGAUAAUGAAAAAGUCAACCAUUUCGACUUGUUGCUGAUGACUAAUGAUAACGGUUCGCAUUUUAUUUAUAUUUAAAAUAUGUCGACACUCAUUAGAUCGCAGAAAACUAACCACAGUGAGAGCGUAGUGUUUUGUAAACGAUGUUUUACAUCAUCUGAUGAUAGAUGGCAUAAAUAUAAGUUGAGCGGGAGAAAGGCACUAGAACAACAUAAAUUAAUUUGCGGGACACACAAACCUAUGCUACCUGUGAUGCCGAAGGAUGGGGACUGCAUCAAAUUCGACGCGUGGAAAAAUACACAUAGACAGUCGAUUGUCAUAUAUGCGGAUUUUAAAGCGCUGCUUCUGAAGAUAGAUGAAGGUAAGGGUGGAAAUACCAGGAUAGUACAUAAUCACGAAGCGAUGAGUUAUGGGUUUUUAGUGAAGGCGGGUGAUGACGUACCGGCUAGCCUUUUGAAGGAACAUGGCAUACCGAUGGGACCGGUAAUUUAUCGUGGAAAUGAAAGUAAACCAUACGUUGCAAAAUAUUUUUUGAAGGAGAUUGUUGAAGUGGGGAGGAAGAUUGAGAAGUUGUUAAAAACGAACGUACCAAUAAAUAUGACGGAUGAUGAAGAAAAAACACAUUCAGAGUGUAAGGUGUGUAAUUUAUGUAAAAGAGCCGUAGGAGUCGAUAAAGUUAGAGAUCACAACCAUUUGACGGGCAAAUUUAGUCAUACUUUGUGUUUAGGAUGUAACUUGAAGUUACAGCAGCCUAAAUAUAUCUCGUGUUUUUUCCAUAAUCUCUCUAAUUACGUCUCUCACUAUAUUAUUUCUGAACUCGGUUUCGAUACCAAGACUUUCCGUUAUUCCGAACAGCGAGGAAAAAUGUAUUUCUUUUUCUAA